AAUGGAAUAAUCCAAAAUGGCGACGAUGCUAAAUGCAAUCGUUAUGUACGGACAUUUAAUGAAUUAGUUACGCAUUUGCGGAAUAUCUUGACGCACGAUCUACGUUAGUUAUGGACUAAACCAUAGAAAGAAAAAUGACUCUUGAAGUUCUCACAUACACCAUAGCUGGAUAGAAAAUCACUAUGGAAGACACGACAAGUGUUGAUGAUGAGCUGAACUUGGUUAAGGAAACAGUGUCCCCGAAAGUCACACGACCUAAACUGCCAAAGUUUGGGAGCAACACCAUCGGACAUCACUAUCGUCAUAAAACAGAUCCUGGCCAGGCUAGCGAGAUCAAGAAUCUGAUGGAAGAAAUAAAAAAAUGGAGAGAGGGAAGUAUAUUUGAAAAGUCUCCUUUGAGAGCGAAGGUUAUUAAGCCUCAACAGAUGAUUCCUAAGGCGCAUUCAACUCAAACCUCACCUAGAGGAUCUCCGCCACCAGGGUCUCCUGUUGCAGCGAAACGGAGCUCAAGUCUGAACAGAAACAGGAGUCGCAGUUUGAAAUUGUUGACUGAUAAGUUAAAAAGUCCUAGAGGUGGUUCUAAAGACGGCCCAUCAAGUCCAAGUGUGCUCAUGUCAAAAAGUGUUGACUCGUCGUGUGGGGAGUCAGUAUUUUUUGAACCCCAGAAAGGGAACACUGUUACUGAUAGCAAGGAGUUGCAUGAUGGAAACAAAGAGAAGUCUAUAAUUGUUGAACCAAUAUUAGAAACAGAUGAUGAGAAGGAGGAAAAUGGUAGGAGUGAGCAAGAUGCAAAUGCAACAACUAAAACUGUGUCUUUAGGUAAGAACCCUGUUGAAAGUGGUGACAUUUCAGGGAAAGAAGUAAGUGCUAGCUCUGAUAUCAAUUUCAAAAACAAACAGGAAACCUCACAACCUGCAGAAGAAGAAAUGGCUACAAUGUCAGAUGGGGAUGCCCCUGGUACAAACCCCAAUACUUUUACACUUCAUUCUAUUGAUAGGAACUCAAAGUUUUUAAGAUUGCGGCAAACUGCGCCACCAAAACGAAGACCUGGCUAUGCUGGUUUGACACUACCCAGGCCAAAGAUGUCUUCCUUUAAGCACAAAUCACCUGAAAUGCCUGAAGACGUUAAGCGUUCAGCAGAUGACAGCAUGAUUAAAAAACCAACCAUAUUAGACUUGCCUGGAUUUUCAAGUAUUCGAAAAUUGUCAACACCAAAGUUUCUGUCUAUUGCAAAGUUCAAGGACGACCCUAUGACAUUGGAGAUUUCAGGACACAAUAUGUUUAGAACACCAAGCAGUGAGAGUCCUCCAUGUCUUCCCAGUGGGGAAUCAAGAGUGCCAGAAGUCACUGACCUGGAGUCACCGUUUGUUGAGAACAGGAGCAUUAUGAGUGACAAUCCUCAAGACCAGGGUGCUGUAUGUGUGGAUAUCUUGCAAGAGGCUAAUAAUGCUGAAAAGGAACCUGCCAUUGAAGAUGUGUAUGAAAAACUGGAAAAACGAAAUGGAAAGUCUCCAAAACAAAAGUCUAAAAGUGAUCCUAGUGGAAAUAAAACAUUUGAUUUUGAAAAUUCUAAUGUGAUAAAUUCAAAUCAGUCUCAUAGUUUUCCUUUAUUAGGCAAAGACAGAAAGGAAUGUUCUGUAUCGGAAAUAGAAAGUGCGCAAGAACCUGAUGAUAUCAGCAGGGAUUUCUGUGGCUCUGACCAGCCUCGCAGCCCUAGUGAGCUUGAUAUUAUUAACAAUAAUGAAAUGCCUUCACAGCUGGCUGAAUUUGGAUCGAGGUUGUCCAUGAAUUAUGCACCUGAAUUGGGGCAUCAGAACGAUGACGUUUCUUUCUUCAAAGAUGAUCUGUACCCACGGGAUGCUUCAAACUUUGUACAAGAUUCAGUGAACCAAAGCCAGAUUGUGGACAGCUUUGCACGUAGAGACUCUUGUGGAAUGUCAACUGUACAGGAAGAUGGGGACGAUGGAAUUAAUCUCACAAGUUCUUUGUACUCGUUUGGAUCUGAGAGUUCUGAAUCUACCCCUGUUAGUUACUCACCCACUGGAAGUUUGGACCGACAGCAAAAUUUGUUAAGUGUUCCGUCCCCGAAACGUCCAAUAUUGAGAAGUGUUAGUUCAGCUAGUGUUUUACAAAGAGAACGAAAGUUCUCUGGGAAUAAUUCUGGUGCAAAAGAGAAGGAUAAUCAACGCAAACUUUCUCUGACAACCACUGAUGAUGUUCCUCCUGUGGAAAGUAAGACAGCAGAAUUCUUGCCCAUUGGUGAUGCUGGUAAUGCCCUGGCCAGCAGUAUGCCUUUGGUGUGGAGUAACGAGCGACAUGCGUCAGUCUCACCAGAUGGAGAAACCCAGUAUGUCAAGGACAAAAGGUACCAUAUCAUAGAAGAACUACACCGCAAUGAACGUGAAUAUGUUGAAGCAUUGAAGAUGUUGAAAGAGCGAUACAUGGACCCCUUGAAGACGGUAUCUGGCAUUGAUGAGCGGGUGGUUGACAACAUCUUCUACAUGAUCCCAGAGAUCCUCACUCACCACCAGAUCUACCUGGAGUUCCUCAACCAGGUGUGGACGCGCUGGAACACAGACACCUCCACUGUUGGGGACCUUAUACAGAAAACGUUUUCUGGUCAGACAGUGCAGGACAGCUAUCUGUCCUUUGUGGAAAACUACAAGACCUCCGGCAAAGUGAUUGAGAAUGCCCUGCAGACCAAGUCUUCUGUACAGAAGUUUGUAGAGCAAUGCCAGAAGGAGAGUGGUAGCAAGCUGUCUUUGAAGGAUCUUAUAGUGCGGCCCAUUCAAAGAAUACCCAGAUAUGAGCUCUUGAUUCAGAGGUUGCUGGUCAACACUCCAACAGAGCACCCGGACUACGCCCUACUGCAGGAGGCUGAGAAGGUGAUGCACGAGUUUGCACGCAAGAUCGGUUCCCUCUCAGAGACGAGCCCUGAGGACGGGCACCAGGAGACCCUGAAGAAGCUAGAGAUGAUGCUGAUUACUGACUUGGCUGUCCCAGAUAGAGCCUACCUCAGACAUGACAUGGUUAAUAUCAGGAAUAAAAAGGACCAGUGCUGCAUAUGGAUGUUCUCAGAUCUGCUCAUUAUCAGCAGUGUGAAGAGGAAGAGCGGGCCUGUCACCAGGAAAGUCUCCAUCAUUGUCAAAUCUCCGACAGGCCAGGAUUUUCUUGAGAACGUCAAGCACAAAGUCUGGCUGAAAGUUGGGCUUGAUGACAUAGAGAUUGUAAAAAGUCAGGAGAGCCUGAAAAGGGAGAGCACUCUGGACAAGGAACAGGUGGAGGAAGACCUUGACCUUCUAUCCAUGAUCCAGGACCUCACCAGCAAGCUCAAUUGCUCCCACUCAAGUAUGAAUGAUGUGAUAAAGGAACUUAACCAGUCGCUGACCAAGCAGCUUCUGGAGCACAACAUACGGAGCUCCCUCCUAGACUCCACCAAGAUGGAGCUGCUUGUUACCACCCAGGAGGGUGUUACAAAUCUUGAAGUGAUCUUCAUGUCGGGAGAAAAGCGCACCAGCUGGGAGACCACAUUCCUUGAUGCUAAACAAAAGCUAUCCCUGCUGUCAGACAAGAGGGCAGCAGAGUUCCUACAGCCGCUGCAGAUCACGAAGACACGUGCAGGGAUGCAGUUCUCAUGUGCUGCGCCCAUUGACGGCGUGAACUCUAGCGGGUACCGUGAUGUGUGGGUGUGCAACAGUGACGGGUAUGUGGGCCACAUGUGCCUGCUCAGUCUCCAGCCCGAACCCAUAGUCACCCUCAACACGCCGGUGCCUGGAUGUAACGCUAGGAUACUGUGUAUAGCUGCUGUGCCUGCCUUUCCCAGCGUGAGGAGAAAAAGCAGUAUAAAGCGGUACAGCAAGCAUGGUCCCCCAUCGCCAAUGGGUGAUUCAGGUCCCCGGAUCAGCGUGGAGGAAGUGGACUGUUCCAUUACAGAGGAGGAGGGAUGCAGAGUACCAGAUGAGGGAGAGGCAGGGGACCAGGGCAGUGAGGAGGGGUACCAGUCAGACUCGAGUUCCAGCGACGAGACAGACGACGACUUUAUCUCAACACGCAAACUUUUUGUUGAAGAUUACGAGGGCAAGCGUCCAUCCAUGUCAUCACAAGGUGACAAGUCCAGCCAGGACUCCAUCUUGACAACAGGAUCCUGGAUCCAGGACAGACUCAAGUCCACCAUGUGGCUGGGCACAGAGGACGGCUGUAUCCACAUAUUCCAAUGUACAGAUAAUAUCAAGACGACAAAGAACAAGUUGAAAAUCCAGCUUGGCUACCCUGUAUAUUCUAUAUUGUAUUUGGACAACAAGGUGUUUGUCUCCUUGUCAAAUGGUGAUCUCAUUGUGUAUAGGAGGGACUCAGAGGGUAUGUGGGACACUGAGAACCCCUACACUCGUGCAAUAGGAAGUGUGACGGCGCCAAUUGUCAAAAUGCUGGCUGUGGCAGGGAAGUUGUGGUGUGGACGACAGAACACCAUCUGUGUUAUCAAUCCUCUGACACUGUCUAUAGAGAAGACGUUUCCAGUUCACCAGGAUGCCAACCGUAGUGUUCAGUGCAUCGUGAGUUCGGGCCAGGGCGUGUGGAUCGCGUCCCAACAGAGCUCCAAAGUGCUCUUGUACCACGCCACCAGCUUCGAGUUUCUGCUGGAAGUCAGCAUUGCUCAGGCUGUCAGCCAGAAACUACAAUCUGCGGACGACAUCAUACGUCAGCACAAGGCGGCCUGCCUACGUAUCACAGCCCUGCUGGUCUGUAAGGACCUGCUGUGGAUAGGCACUAGCGCGGGUGUCAUACUCACCCUACCCAUACCCAAGAUUACCUCAACCACCGCACGGGGCAGUCUCACUGUGCCCAAUGUAACAGGUCGUGUGUAUGGCCACACGGGUCAUGUGAGGUUUCUCACGUGUGUGGAGAUGGUCCAGUCCAGUCUGCCCCAGAUGGGUGCGGGAAAGUCCCGCACGGACGCGGCCAACAACAACAACAACAAGGACAACAUAGAUCAGCCAGCGCCACAAGACCUCAGCAAGCGACGGUCGUCUGUGGCAACCACGACUGCUGCCCUAGCAACCAGGAUGCUGGUGAUUAGUGGUGGGGACGGUUAUGAAGAUUUUCGGACUAAUGUUGUGAAUGAAUCUGCCGGUAAAGACGAUAGCACCAACCAUUUGCUGCUCUGGCAGGUGUGAUAGAAAGGGUCUGGAUUUCACUGCUUGUCUGUUAAUGUUUAAGGUAUUUUGGUUGUUCACAACAAUGAGUUGUUUCGUUUCUGAGAAGGAGUCUGUUGAAAGGAUAUAAGACAUACAGUCUUGUGUUUGUUGUUUGAGAGAGACCAUUGUAUGCAGUUAUGCAGGGGGGGGGGGGAUCUGUUGUCUGUGAGAGACCAUUUGAGUCGCAUUCUUAGAAAACCGGGUAUAAUGCAUGUGCGUUAAGUGUCGUUCCAGAUUAGCCUGUGCAGUCCACACAGGCUAAUCAGGAACGACACUUUCCGCUUAAACAAGAUUUUUGGUAAAAAGGGACUUCCUUUAAACGAAAAAUACCAUUAAAGUGGAAAGUGUCAUAUGUGAUAUGCGGACUGCACAGGCUAAUCUGGGACGACACUGUACGCGCAUGCAUUUUGCCCAAUAUUCACAGAACAAGACCAUUCAGACGUGGGGGUAUUGUGUAAGUGCUGUGAGACACUUAGGGUUGUUAUUGUGUAGACAUAUGCAGAGUGACCAGCUCUAUACUUAUUUGUAAUGUUCAAUGUCAUUUGCAGAAAUUGAAAUUUUCAAAGAGAUUUUUUUUCAACAUUAAUCAAACUGUGUAGGGUUGAUAAUGUAAAAUCAAAAUGUGCCAUUGUGGUGGAAAUAAGUUCUACAAAAAUUGGUGAAGGAAUGUUUUGUAUCAUUUUAUUUAACCAGUUGUUAAACUAAGUUGACAAUCCUGUUUUUGAGUUUGGGGUAUAAUUGCAGACACAGGGUCAGCACCACGCAAGUGGUGUCCGGUUGAUAACUUUAGUUUGCAUCGACUUGCAUUUGGAUGGAGAGAGUGUAGUUAGCUAACAGUUUUAGCUUGUUUAUUUGUUGUUUUACUUUCUUUUACUUUGCACUGCCUUAUUAAUGUUUGAAAUGAAAAUCAGAUUUAAAAUGGUUUUAAGAACACAAAAAAUAUCACCACUCUUGUUAUUUUUUUUUUAUAGGAUUAUGAAUUUUUAAAGAGAAAUAGUUUCAAUAGAUCUGCAACUGAUCAUGCAAAUUCCACAUAUUUUUAUCAGGAAUCCAUGAAUGUACGUUUUCUUGAAAUUGUCUUUUUCAUAAAACAACAAAAUUUCAUUUCCACUAUCAUAAAUUGAUUUUCAGUAAAUGAUAGAGUUGUGGAAAUUGAAGAGCUUUUCACGCAGCAACCAAGUUUUGGAUACAAUUGAUAUCUUGUAACAGAAUGAUAUUAGCAGGUAUCAUUGUGUUUAUUAUUCCAUUUAGUGAACAUAAACUUGAUUUGGUGCAUUCAUUUAUUCCAUUUUAUAUCUGGAGAAAACUGUUGGUGCGGAAUGGGAAACAAUUGCUUCUCUUUGACAGAAAAUCAUCUCAGUACUGAGAAAGAUUAAAUCAUGUUCCAUGUUUUGUAUUUUAAAUGAUUGAAUUUCCAAUCACACAAGAUCAUAAUGUUUGGAAUAUUUUUGUAUUUAUUCCAUUUUUAAGACACUAAUGUUUUCUGUCACAGUCUAAAUUAGCUUCCAUGUGACCCAUUAACAGGUUCGAGGAAACAUAACAAACAUGCUGGAAAACAAAAGAUCUGUUGAAUAUAUUUGUAGAUUAUUUUUAUUUGUAUAACUCAUUGUCUUCCUAGUGUUAUGCAAACCUUUUUUGAUGAACAAUUUUAAAUGUUGAUGUUUUAUUUUUUUUCUAUUGUUUUUGUUAGACUGCAUGUUAUUAGUUGGUACAAAGUGUUUGAUUUAACAUUAUUUUAUUUCACUAGUAUGAAUUAUUUGAUUAACGUAAUCACAAAUGCCCACAAAGACCAGAAACAUUUUUAUUUUGACACUAGCUGUUGCUUUGUUACCUGGUAAGGGAAACAUCCUCUCAUUCUUAAAAGACAACAUAAACUGGUGAAAUAAAGUCCUCUCAUAAGAGUGUUUUAACAUACUGUCAUUCUAGUCUUGUUGGUUGCUUCGUUGUUGAUGUGACCAACUGUUUCCUUUUAUACAGUCACUACACAAUUUGUACAAGCAAUAUUUAAAUGGAUAUGAUCAAUUUAGUAUGUUCUCCUUGUUUUUACAUGUCCCAUUUCUGUCUGUGAUAGUAAUAGAAAUCCACAAUAAGUAUAUACAAAGAUCUGUUGUUAAAUGUAUGUAUCAACGAAGGAGUUCAAGACUGGUUUUUAUUAUAACUUUGUUCUCAUAUUUAUUAAAUCUGUUAAAUUUCUUUUGUCUGUUAAAUACAAGUAUCUAUGCAUGUUAUUUACUGGUUUUAGCAUUUACAGAGUAUUUUUUACUGUUUUAUAACAAUAUUUUUAAACGGUGCUUUUGUAUGUUUUAUGGUCUCAUUUAUGAAUUGCCAAAUAACAAGUUUGUUAUUUAUAAUUUGGAUUUAUAAUCAAUCAUAUAACUGUAUGAGAUGGUCUUUAUACAAAUUCUCUAUUGGACAUGAAUAAUCCUCUAUUGAGACUGUCUUAUCUACAUGUUCUGAAUUUACGGAUAUAUUUUAUGUAUUUACAUGUUCUUUUACUUAUUGGAUGAAAAAUUACAUUCAAUCAAAAUCAACAUUUUAUUGCUGUGUUCACAAACCAUAUGCAUUAAGAGAGAAAAACCAAAGACAAACAGUUUUUGUAUUUAUAUGAUGCAGAUCACACUUAUGAAAUAUGUGUUACGCAACCAUUGUUUUCAUGAAAAUGAAUGAGAAAUGACAAUAUCAAAAUAUAUUUAGGUUUAUUAUUGAUGUAUUUGUUAUUUGAAACUGUUGUUAAUGGUAAUAUAAUUUAUUUACUUGUAAUAAGUGCAAUUAGUAUCACAAUGAUCAUACAUCGUAAAAGUGCAGGAAGUUUGCGAAUUGUAAAUUGUUAAGCUCACCUGAUCACAAAGUGGUCAAGGUGAGCUUUUGUGAUCAGCUUAUGUCCGACAGUGUACAGUGUUUGUCGUCAACUGUCAGCUCAUUACCAUUCUAGAGGCCACUUUGUUCAUCUUGAAACUUGUAAGGACGUGUAUCUGGAUUUCUAGGCUGAGUUUGAGUCUGGGCCAUAAUCAUCCAAAAAAUAAGGUAUAUUAGACAAACUUCCAUCUUGAAAAAACUUGGUCAGAAUUUUAUCUUUACAUCAUGGUCAAGUUUGAAUGAGGGUCACAUGCGUUAAAAAACUAGGUCAUGAUACUCAUCACUCAAGAAUCUAGAUAAAAAUUGGUCAGGAUGUUUCUUUUUAUAUUUUCUAGGCUGAUUUAAAAUUUGGGUCAUGUGAGUCCAAAACUUAGGUCACCAGGUGAAGUCUUAGUAAAACCUUGUGACUACUACAAAGGCAAGGCCACAUUUAUGACUAACUUUGAUGAAAAUUCUUUAGAAUGUUAGUAUAGGCAAUAUGUAGUCAAAGUUCGAAUCUUGGUCACACGUGUCUACAAACCAGGUAACAGAUCUAAUCUUUAGAAAAAUGGAAGCCUUACCGGCAGCAUUUAGGGCUCAAGCUUGGCCAAGUUUAAGUCUGAGUCAGUUGUGUCCGAAAUGAGAGACCAGGUCAAAUCUAAAAGUUAAAUUGUAACGACUCUAUGUGCCUUAUUUCUGACUCAUGACAUUAUGAAUGUCAUGUUUAUGACAUUAUGAAUGUCAUGUUUAAAUCUGGAUCAAUUGUAAUCAGGUAAAGUUUUCAACGAUCGGUGACCAUGAAAUCAGGUGACUGCAGAAGGACCAUCAUGGCCCUUAUGUUUAUUUUUGAUGUCUAUUUGGAAAAUUGUGUAAUGUAAUUGUUUUACAAGUGGAGAAAUCUUUUAAAUAUGAAUAGUCAUGUUUUUUUAAGUACAUUCGGCAUUGUCUUGUGUAUAUACUGUAUAUAGACAAGUAAACUAGCUAGUCUAGGAGAAAGCUGGUCAAGAUGUAUUUUCACUGUAAAAAUUGUGCCUAUAUAUAUAUUAGUGACAGUUAUUUAUAAUCGUUUAUUUAUCCUUAUUCUUACAAUUACAUAUGAGAUGCCAUUAUAUUAUCUUUCAUGUACUUUUCUGUGAUCUGGGUUAAUAGAUGUUUGUUGUCAAAUGAUGCAUUUUAAAAAUGGAUCAUGGCAGUUUAUUUUAGUUUGUUGUCCUACCUUCUGUGCAAGAUGUCAUGAAAAGACAACAAAAUAAUACAUGUUUUACACAAAUCUUUAACUCUAGAGAGCUUAUUUAUAAGAAAUUAUACCGAGAACUUCUUCAUAUGCAUUAUUAUGAACAAGUAACUGAAAACCAAGUGCAUUAAUUAUACUUAUUUUGGUCUUUGAAAAAGUCAAUAAAUGUAUAAAUUAUUGCAAGUCAUUUUUAUCUGCUGAAUUUGACAAGACAUAAUGUGUCUGCAAUGUAUUUAAAGUCUCGGAUUAUAUUGAAUUUCAGCACUCUUUGUUGUAAGAUAUUUAUAUAUUACAGCAUCUUUACUGUGAUCUUGUCUGAUGUUGUCGAAGUCCCUUUUGUCUCCUUAUCAAUGUUACUUGUAAGUAUUAUGUAUUACACAAUUGUGAACAACAAUAAACGUCAUACAGUUAAA